AUGUUACUUAGGUUUGUCACUUUUGCCUUGAAGGAGUCCGUUGUUCCUAGUGAAAAAGUUGAUGCAAAUUGGAAGAGUAUACCUCCUAACGUGAAAAGGAGUUUUGAGUUAAGGAGAGCUGAGUGCAUUGCGAAGUUUGGCUCGGUUCGUGACCAGUUCAAGCAGAGCAAUAAUUAUGCGACUGGGUUUUGGAAGAAUUUUGAGGAGCGUGAGAAGGUGAUCAACUGUGUCGUCGAUGCUGUCAAUGACUAUGCGAAGGAACUAGCUGCCUUGCUCUACCACUACCCCGUCCUAGCAGAUGGAUAUUAUUAUUGUUGGACUCCGUGCCUUUCACCACAAGAGACUAUUUACUUUGACGACUUUCGUUAUGAUUUACAGAACAUGUACUUUAACGUCGGGGUUAUUCUGGUGAAUGUGAGCGAACGGUUAGUAUGUUGGCAAUCGGCGCAUGGUCACGCAUCUGCCCUUCAGAAGGAAUGCUACCAUUAUCUUUUACAAGCUGCCGGAUAUUUUUGUCUUGUCAAGGAUAUCUCUGAUGACAUGGAAUUAUACGUAGUUGGUGACGUACGACUCGCCAGACCCGGGGACGUCUCGGCAUCUGUUUUGGAGUUUUGUCACCUUGUUGCCAUAGGUCAAGCGCAAGAGAUAGGGUCAGCAAGAUCCACUGAAAACGGACAAAGUGAAGGAAAGAUGCUUACCGUGGGACUCCUCCAUCAAACCUUUAAAAUAUACGAAGAGGCUCAUAAAGUAGGCCUGAACUGCGUUGCAGUCGAUCACAACAUAUUCAAUGAAGUUCUGACGUUUGUGAAGCUGAAGGUUGAUGUGUUCAAGUCUUUAACGUACUCGUAUGCCUCCAGUGGUUUGUUUGAUAGCAACCCUGCCGCCGGUUUGUGGCUUGCGAGUCAGUCUGAUUUGUUGGCGGCGAAUGCCAUCACCGAAAAAAGGGCAUCUGGUUUACAGAAAAAAAAGCUGCCAUUUCGGGGUGAUGAACUAGUUGAUGAUUGCCGCAUUUUUGUUCAAAGAAAUAUUGAGCGCUGUCGAAAAAUCAACUCUUUGGUGCACCGCACAAAUGCAACCGAAGAUUCAUUCGAGCUUCCUCCACCCACCGUGCUUGCGCAAAAGAAGGACAUUAGAUUACCCGCGGCGUUCCCUCAUCAAACGGUGGCGCGUCCUCCAGUUAAGAUCUCUAUUGGGGUUUAA